AUGCAGCAUUCGCUUCAUAAUCCUGAUACCAGGACCCUUCCUGAAGGGUGGGCGGACCAUUUCGAUUCUCAGUACUAUGUUGACCUGUAUGCGGAGAAACCUCGAGUAUCGUUUGCACAUCCUUGCGAUUUGGAUAACCAACAGCCAUCGAGUGCCCCUGCGCGGGUCAAAGAGGGUGUAAGGUCUACCCGUUGCCUUCAGAAGCCUAUUGGUCCUCGGAAAAAUUCGUCUGCUUCAAUCAAUACUAUUAUUCGGGAAACACAACGAAAUAGACGCGCUACUGUCGCUCAGCAAUUAUACGCUAGCAGUGGAGUAAUACCAUCCACAGGAGCCAGCAGCCCUUUGGGAUUCAGGUCUUCAUCUGCAUCUCUCCGACGACCGUCGGUCUCCAACUGUCCCGCCCCCGAAGAGGCCGCCUGUCUCUCUUCCAAAUGUUCAAUUGUUUCAGCUACGUCAUCCUCACCUUUACCUGUGUCCCCUCAUAUAGACAACCACCACCCACGGAACUUUUUUGAUUGCACACGUUUAGCUCCUGGGACGCGGCGGAUGACCGUAAAUGGGGCACGUCCUUCUCUCAUGCAAACAUCCAUACCCGUGAAAUCUGAUGCUGGUGCCCAUUCAUAUACAUCUACCCAGUCAUUCUACCAUCCAUCUGUCUCAACUUCUGUAAAGAACUCUCCGUCACCGGUGCUCAUUUCUACUCAGGAAUGUCCAGAUACUCCAGCUCAAACAGUGCAGUCCAACAAGUCAUAUUCCCAGAGACCAUUGAUCACUAUUUUGUCUAAUAAUGCGCCAGAUCAAUCAUCGACAUCCUCAAGAUUCUACGCCGGGAAAACUGCGGAAUCGACGACCUAUAAAGUAUCGACCGAAGACCAUGUGCUCGUUGUUCCAAACCAAGUAUCAACCCAAACAUCUUCUACUACCACAUUGAACAUGUCGACGCUGGAGAGCGCCUCUCCAGGAGCAUCAGGCGGCUCCAAAAAGCCUCGAAGUCUACCUCCAAUAAAUACCACAACACCAAUCUUGCAGCCAAAGCCCAUACGUUCACUGCGAGGUAUUAGUCUGAAUCUGCAAGUUCAGGUAGCUGGCAUUACAGAGACUCCUAACACAGAAGUUGAACCCAGCAAAAACAAAGCAAAAAGUCAAUUGUCGAACCUUUCUCUCAGAAGCAACAGCAAGUGGAAAGGAAAACAAAAGCAGGUCGAUCCGCCGGAGGAUAUGAGUGGGGCACCUUCGGUAGUCGGCACAUUUGCGUCGAGCAUUGACAAUUCGUACAUCUUGAUGGAUUCCCUAGACCAGACUUGA